UAGACACAAUCGAUUAAUAUGUACUGCGGGCGUGUCGCCGUUCUUUAACUCAUUAAUUUAUUUUAUUUUCGUGAAUUACAGCAGCUUUUUAACGAAUAAAUAAAUGUGCAUUGUUCUAUAUUAGUAAGAAAAUGCUGAGAGUUUUGUUGAGUUUAAGCAUAUUAUGCGCACUGCAGUUCAACGUCAUAAACGCACAACAUCACUACAAUGAGCACAAAACGAAAAAUAUUAUUUGGUGUACCAAAAGCCUGGAGGAGCAAUACAAAUGCCAGAAUCUGACGGUUGCUAUCGAACGUGAUUUCCAAUUGUUUGAUGAAGCCUACUUGAAUCUCACCUGCUUCAGAGCCUAUAGCGCUGAUGAGUGUAUUCAUGCGUUGGAUCGCGAAAAGGCGCAUAUAACAUCACUUGAUGCUGGUGAUGUGUUUACAGCGGGUCGCUACAACUCUUUGGUGCCCAUUAUGCAGGAAAAGUUAGAGGGCGGCUUCUCUGAAUAUUUUUCCGUAGCUGUGGUUAAGAAGAAUACGUUGCCUGAUGUGACCGAGCUGCGUCAUUUGCGCAAUAAGCGUGCUUGCUUCCCCUGGGUGGGCAGCUUGGCUGGUUGGAUUGUGCCCAUAUAUACGCUGCAACACAAUGGUGCCAUGGAAGUUGUGGACUGCAACAACCAGGUGAAAACCGCUGCCAACUUUUUCAAUAACUCCUGCGCUGCCUAUUCGCUGAUUGACAAAUACAAUCCCAUUGGCGACAACUCCGACAAACUUUGCGCGUUGUGUACUGGCAAAAUCACUGGAGGACGCUGCUCAGCUGCUGAUCCCUACUAUGGCUACGAUGGCGCUUUUCGCUGUCUGCUCGAUGUAGGUGAAGUUGCCUUCUUGAGGCAUUCAACAGUCUCGGAGAUGCUGCAAACAGUCGAAUACAAGAAACUGUCGCCUGAUUCCUUUGAGUUGUUGUGUCCUGAUGGCCGUCGUGUGCCCGUCGGCGAGUAUCGUCAGUGCUCCUGGGGUCAGGUACCUUCGGAUGCCGUUGUCACGUCAUCAGCGCGCAGCUAUCACGAUAGAAAGCAAUACCAAAUGUUCUUGAAGCGAGUUACCGAACUUUACUCGGAUGCCUCACGUGACGAUCCAAACCAGCAGCAACCGAUUGGCGUCGGUUACACCAACUACGAUUCCAGCAAUAGCAAUAACUACAACAGCGAUCAGUGGCGCAACAAUCCUAGUCCUUAUGGUGGUGGUUACAACAAUCAAUAUGAAAGCAACAACAACCCAUAUGGCAGAAAUGGCAACCAGAAUCCUUACAGUCGCUUCGAUGAGAAUUAUCGUAAUGAACGAUUGGACAGCAGCUUUAGCACUGAACGCAAUCAACUGGAUGUCAAUGGGUCUAUUCCUAUCGAAAAGUUCCGCAUAUUCGAAUCGAAGCGUUACCAAGGCUCCAAUUUAUUAUUCCAGGAUGCAUCGAAAGGUUUGCUUGCUUUCCCAGAGGAUGAUCAGUCUUUUAAGAAAUAUCUGCAAAAAUCUAUUGACUAUGUCUAUGGCAUUCGUGAAUGUCCCGUGUCUGCAAUGACACUCUGCGUAACCUCUGAGCAAGAGCUGGAAAAAUGUAUCAAAAUGCGGACUGCAUUGAAGGCACAGAUAUUGAAACCUGAGCUUAUCUGCAAGAAAAUGCAUUCGCACAUCAAUUGCAUGCAACUGAUUCAAACUGGCAAAGCGGACAUCUCUGUGUUUGAUGCCGGCGAUGUGUAUACUGGUGGCUUAAAUUACGAUCUAAUUCCCUUCAUGUCGGAGGUGUACAAUUUGGGUGAGCCAGAGUACUAUGUGGUUGCUGUGGCCAAAGAAGAAGAUCCCGACACCGAGCUUACGUAUCUGAAAGGCAAGAACACGUGCCACACGGGAAUCAAUACUGCCGCUGGCUGGACAUAUCCGAUGGCAUUUCUUAUAUCCAACGGAUGGAUACGCCCCUAUGGUUGUGAUUCCGUUCGUGCUGCUGCUGAGUACUUUACCAAAUCGUGUGUGCCAGGCGCAAUAAGCAGUGAAUAUAACACGGGUGUGCCUUAUGACAGCAUGUGCGAUCUGUGCCACGGUACCAGCUAUAGAUACUGUCGUCGUGAUGCUUCAGAGGAUUAUUAUGGACACACAGGUGCCUUCCGUUGCCUCGUCGAAGGCGGCGGUCAUGUGGCCUUUAUGAAGCACACGACUGUGAUGGAGAGCACGGGCGGUAAACGCAAGGAAUGGUGGGCAAGAAAUGCUCUCAAUGAUGAUUUCGAAUUGCUGUGCACUGAUGGUACACGCGCCGAGCUACAAGACUACAAGCGAUGCAACUUGGGCAAGGUGAAGGCGAACGCUGUCGUCACUCGUGGCGGUACCAACUAUAAUGAAACCCAGCUGCAUGCCUAUAUCAAUCUCCUAACCUAUGCUCAACAAUUAUAUGGCCGUAAGGAUGUGGAUGCCUUCAGUUUCAGUAUGUUUUCAUCGCCCAUCGGACACUAUGAUUUAAUCUUCCAAGAUGCUACGCGACAGUUGCAAGUUAUUCCACCGGAGAGUCGUCGCUAUGAUACGUAUUUGGGCAGCAAUUUUAUGAGAGCUCGUCGCAUUACAGAUUGUUAUGCUGGCGCAGCCCAAAUGACAAUUUCAUUAAUCUUGCUGUUGACCAGCUCUUUGGCGCUGAGAACCUUUCUUUGAUAGCUAGCGACGUGUUUCAUAACUUCACACAACCAUUCCAAACUGGAUAAAACUAUCCGAAUAAUUUUAGACUUCUAACACUUCGAAUAUCUUUUACGAAUCUCUUUUACAUCAACUACAAGCUGUAGUUAAUACUACUUUUUGGCAGCUUUACUAUUCAGAAAACUGACAGAUAAUAGCCCAACACUAUGAAUAUUUUUUCAAUAGCUAAAGACAUGUUUUUUUAAAUUUGAUAAGACUCGUAACUCUUCAAUUAUUUAUUACGAAUCUUUUACACACAUAUCAACUAUAAGCUUUUUGGCAGCUAUUUAAGUAAACGUGCAACGGAUAGACAAAACUGCUAUCAAAAGAAAAAUGUAGAAUAUAGUGCCUUAAUAUCCGUCCUGAGUACAAGAUUGUUUAAUAUUGUGAAUCUCGAAUGUUUAAUUGAAAUUAAAUCAAUUGCCUUUUAAAUUGUCAGCCAAGCGAAAUACAAUGUACUCUAAAUGUAAACUAGCUUAAUCGUAAGACAUGACAUUACAAAUAGGUAUACAGUUUUGUUAACAAUAAUUUACUAAGUCGAAGCGUACAAUUUUUCCGUCCCAUACAUUUAUGUUAAAUGAAACUUUUACAAGCCAUUCUCAAAUAUAUUUAUAUUUACA